AAUGCUUCUAAUAACAAAUUCACCACUUGUCUGACGCGACAACAUCCAUACCAUUUAUUUAAAUAUUAGUUAUUUAAUAUCUGAUGAACUGUUUAAAAGUUAUUUCAGUGAUAAAGUCUGAAUAUAUCUGUAACAGAUAUUAAAAAAAGAAUGGCAAUAUGUAUCAUUGUAAUUGGAUUGUUUCAUGUUUAUUUCCAACUAUGCUCUGCUGCCUCCAAUAAUAUAAGACUGGUUGGUGGCUCAAGCAAGUGCAGUGGACGUGUCGAGAUAUUACUCAACCAGACCUGGGGGACAGUCUGUGACGAUGGGUUUACAGACACAAAUGCCGUCGUUGUGUGCAGGAUGCUGAACCUCCCUACAGCUGGAGCUAAAGCUAUUCGAAAUCUCACAGGUUACCCAACUGCGCCAGCCCAGAUCUGGCUGGAUGAGGUUAUGUGUACGGGAAGUGAGCAGAGCAUCGCUGAUUGUACCAAUGGCAUACCAACGAACUUAAUUGACUGUUUCCAUAACGAAGACGUGGGUGUUGUCUGCUCCUCUAAUUCAGCUGCCACUGAUAUUAGACUGGUUGGUGACUCGAGCAAGUACAGUGGACGUGUUGAAAUUCUACACAACAACACCUGGGGGACAGUCUGUGUCGAUAAGUUUUCCGACAAAAAUGCCGUCGUUGUGUGCAGGAUGCUGAACCUCCCGACAGCUAGCGCUCGAGCUAUCACAAAUCUCAUUGGCUACCCAAAUCCACCAUCCAUGAUCUGGCUUGACGAUGUUAAUUGUACGGGAUGUGAGCAGAGCAUCGCUGAUUGCACUCAUAGCAUGCCAUGGGGCUCCAACAAUUGUGCACAUAAAGAGGAUGUGGGUGUCGUCUGCUCCCCUACUUCCGCCAUUGAUAUUAGACUGGUUGGUGGCCCAAGCAAGUACAGUGGACGUGUAGAAAUUCUACUCAAUGAGAAGUGGGGUACAGUCUGCGACGAUAGGUUUUCCGACACAAAUGCCGCCGUUGUUUGCAGGAUGCUUAACUUCACUACAGCUCUCGCUCAGUUUUUUAUAAGUCCGAAAAGCUACCCAACUGCGCCAGUCAAGAUAUGGCUUGACGAAGUUGUUUGUACGGGAUCUGAGCAAAGCAUCGCUGAUUGUAAACAUGCUAAACCAUGGGGAUUCACUGACUGUAAACAUGACGAGGAUGUGAGUGUCGACUGCUCCACUAGUGUUUCCUUGACUAAUGGCUCAUCUCCGUACUCUGGAAUUGUUUCUGGACACAUCAGAACCUUUUGUGACCUUGGGUUCAGCAAAGAGGCAGCUAACGUGACCUGCACUAGUCUUGGAUUCGGUGAAUAUAUCAGACCUUACCGUGUGCAACUAUUACAUAAUGGAAUGACGCCAAUGCUGAAGAAGAACAUAACAUGUAUUGGGACAGAAAAGUCUCUGGAGUUUUGUGACAUUUCCGAAACUGAGUUAGAAGAUUGUCAACUAGACAAUGCUGUUGGCAUUGAAUGCAAAGCUGGGCCUAUACGAUUGGUUCCAUUCGAAGGAGUUGCAUACGAAGGACAAUUCCAGUUUUUCGAUGGCAAUGAGUGGAAGAGCAUUACAAAUCGUACAUCAAACGUGACGGCGAAAAAGAUUUGCGAACUUCUUGGAUUUGGGUAUGUAGGAUCAUUUUUUGGGCAAGGGUACCUGCUCCGAGGUACAGACUAUUUUUCACUGGACUGUAACGGAAACGAGACAGAUCUCGCACAGUGUAAGUGGACGACGGGAAAUUACGACAGAGAAUAUGGAACACUGUGCCUUUCCUGUUCGGACUAUGAUAUAACGGAUGUCCGACUUGAUGGUAUGUCUGAUGACGUCGGGUUAAUGGAAGUCUCUGUUCACAACGAUUGGUGGACAGUUUGUAAGGUGGGCUUUACCAAUCACACUGCGGAUCUUAUAUGUCGACAUCUUGGAUUCAGGAAUGCCAAACGGUAUACGUAUACUCUGGACUCGAGUCAAGUGAACAAUGAUAGUAACAUCGGGUCAUUGAUUUGCAACCAAAACGACAACUUGAUAACAGAUUGUGAAAUUAUCCCUAUGGCAUAUUAUUAUUAUGGACUGGGAGAAUUUGAUAAAUAUGAUGGCAACAGGGUCAUAAUUGUUUGUUCGAAAGACUAUGAUAUAACGGAUGUCCGACUUGUUGAUAUGUCUGAUGACGUCGGGUUAAUGGAAGUCUCUGUUCACAACGAUUGGUGGACAGUUUGUAAGGUGGGCUUUACCAAUCACACUGCGGAUCUUAUAUGUCAACGUCUUGGAUUCAGGAAUGCCAAACGGUAUACGUAUACUCUGGACUCGAGUCAAGUGAACGAUGAUAGUAACAUCGGGUCAUUGAUUUGCAACCAAAACGACAACUUGAUAACAGAUUGUGAAAUUAUCCCUAUGGCAUAUUAUUAUUAUGGACCGGGAGAAUUUGAUAAAUGUGAUGGCAACAGGGUCUUAAUUGCUUGUUCGAAAGAUGAGCCAAAAACCGACGAGAGCGUGAAUAUUAUUAUAAUUUCGACGGCCGUCACUGUCAUUUUUUUCGUUUGUGGACUUGUUGGACUGAUAUAUUGCAAGCGGAAAGGUAAACUCUGUCUUUCGCCUCGACAACAACCGGCCAAUAGAGAAAGUCCCCGGCCGAAUUUGCAGAAUGAAUUACCACCCGAGGAAGGUUUACCGAUGCCAUGUAAUACCAGAAGAGUUCAUGAUAAUGAUGGUCCGGGAAUGAGAUUUGAAAACGUUACUUAUGAUGAUCUCGGAGAUACCGAUGGCGGUAAAAUAGAUACUUUAGAUUGUAACUUUCAACAGCACAUGGGGAACAUCAGAUCUGAUGCAAAUGACCAGUUUGAUGACGACGGCUACAUGAUAAUGGUGCGGAAAGUAGAGUAGUGGUAAUUAUUCUGAAGAGAACAUGAAAUAGUUGCUGACUUAUAAAACCUGUGAAAUCGAAAGACCAUCCAUAAGGCAUAUAUUCCAUUUAUCUGCUGAAAAACCGUCGUGGAAGAAGUAAAACAUUUCAACUGUUCAAAAUAGCAUGUCUUAUAGACAUUUUGUAAGAAACAAUGAGAUGUUCGGAACACUACUAUUUUUUCCAUCGUCUGCAACCUCAGUGUUUGUACACCACGUGAUAAAUUACGUCAUAAAUGCUACUCAGUGUAAGUUCGGUCUCCAGAAUUGUGAUAACAUGCAUUGAGAACUUGUAUAAAAUGACAGAACCACCAACUUCAUUUAAAUCGUUUGAAAAUAUCCGAACUAUCAUUGACUGUUUCCCCAAAAAAGAAGUUUGUUUAGUCUUUUCCUGGUGAUUUUGCGGAGUAAGGGAAUUUGUAUUCUUUAUGCAAAAAUCAAGAAACUUAAAAUGUCUUGCGUUUCACCUUCUGGUGCUAUAACAUUUCUGUCGGAUGUGGAUAAAGGGAGUAAGAGUGACAGGGACAUGGUCAUAGCCUCACAGUGUGCAGACAUCUUAGACCUGGCGAAUUAGUAAUUGCUGAUUGGUUAUCCUUGAUUAAAGACAUCUUUCAGAAAAACAAAGUCAAAUGAAACGCAUCUCUAUUUUUAAGCGGCAUGCAGAGACAUUUUGAAAUUUUAAAAAAAUACACUAUAAUGAAAUGUUUUUAGUAUUAUAUUUUUUUAUCCAUGAAUUGACAACACAUUGAUGUAUAUAUACUUAUUUGUACUUUGUUUGCAUGUAAAACACUUUACUGAAUAAAUCAUGACAUUGUGAA